AUGGCUCCUCAAGUUGAUACACAUGCUCAGGCAAUGACAGCGCAAAUUCUGCUCCACCUGGGGGAGCCGAAAGAGGCGAUCGCUGUCUGCAACAAAUGCCCGGACGCUUCGGGACAGAUUACACGUCGGGCAGCAAUGGUCACGGCAUUGGCGAAGUUUCAUACUGAGGACUCGAGCGGUCCGGUGCAAGCCCCGCCACCCGGGAACGCCGGCGAUCCAUUUCUUGCAGCUCUCUGCGGGGUGCAUCAUUGGAAGGAAAAACAAUUCGCCUUGGCUAUCGCAUCAUUCCAGCGCAUCUCAAGGACCGACGGAUUUGAUGUAGAGGCGUCUUAUAAUAUCGCGGUUUGCCACUAUGAACUGAAGCAAUAUACUGCAUGCUUACAAUGCAUCGAACAGAUAACGACGGAACUCUUGUGCAGACAUCCGGGUCUCAAGGACGAGGCAGCCUCUCACGAGCAUGAAAUGAGUAUCGGCACUUGCAGAGACUUCCCACUCCUCCCACAUCCCGCUCUGGUUGAAACGCUUAAUCUGAAAAGAGCCAUUGGUAUCGCAUGCGAAAAUAUUGACCACACAGGGGCGAAGGCAGAACUUCGCCCCCUGACGUGUUACGACGCUGUCACAGUUCAUAACGAGGCCCUCGUCAACAGCGAAUGGGAUACUGGGAGUGCGCUGGACAAGCUGCGCUCCCUUGUCGAAGACCCUCCGUUUCCUCCAGAGGCGAAACAUGCCUUCGACUUUGCGGCCGACAUAAUGGCGGAGUACAGAGAUCUGCUCCACGAAUAUCUACUUCCAGAUGAAAUUGCUUUCUUGGAGGCGCUGGUUCUAUCAGACCGGUCACCUGAAACUGCCAUCAAGAUGCUAGAGAACCUACGGGAACGCAGCUGCGAUCAGUUGAGGAAUUCGCAGCAUACCGUGCAGAUUGUGAUAGCACAGGCAAAGAUCUACGCUGAGCGCAGGCACUAUGGACUGGCUGAAUCUGCCCUUCAGAGCUCUGCAGAGUUCUGUGAGCUCGAUUCGAACUGGCAACUGAGUAUGGCUCACGUUCUGUUUUUGCAGGGCAAAUAUCCCGAGGCCAUUUCUUACUACGAACGCAUUUUGAAAAGCAACGAAUCGAAUCUACGUGGCCUGAAAAGCCUUCUGCUCGCCAACCUCUGCGCAGCCUAUGUCCGCACCCACCAAUACGACCGCGCUAAGCAGAUUCUCGAGUGCGUCUGA